GUAACACAACAGUUACUUCUGAUCAAACCAACAAUGGAGUCACCCUUCCUGCCGUUGUCCUGCAUCCUAAUUUCUUCCUGCCUUCUUCUUACCACGGUCCACGCCGGUUCAGGCUACGUUUACUACGACUGGACCGUGUCGCUCUCGAUUCGCUCCCCACUCGGUGUUCCCAAGCAAGUGAUAGUGAUCAACGACAUGUUCCCCGGACCGCUGCUCAACGCCACCACCAACGAUGUGGUUAGUGUCAAUGUCCGCAACCACUUGCCCGAACCAUUGCUGAUAACAUGGAAUGGGGUGCAAAUGCGAAGGAACUCGUGGCAGGACGGGGUGCGAGGAACCAACUGCCCGAUCCAGCCCGGUCAGAAUUGGACCUACAGUUUCCAACUCAAGGAUCAAAUCGGGAGCUUUUUCUACUUCCCGUCGCUUCUUCUUCAGAAAGCUGGUGGUGGGUACGGCGCCAUUCGUGUCAACAAUCGGAAGGGGAUUCCGAUUCCGUUCCCCCAGCCGGCUGAAGACAUCGACCUGUUGGUCGGAGAUUGGUACAAUGUGCAUCACAGGGAUUUGAGACAGAUGCUGGAUCAAGGGAGGCAUUUGCCUCGUCCUGAUGGGAUUCUCAUCAACGGACAUGGCCGAUAUACUUUACACUUCCAACCGGGUAACGGAGUUGAUUCUUGUUACAUUUUUCUUCGAUCAGGGCUUACCUACAGGCUGAGGAUCUCGAACGUGGGAAUCAGAACAUCGUUAAACUUCAGAAUCCAAGACCAUGCCUUGCUUCUGGUGGAGACGGAAGGUUCUUACACGGUGAAGAAGUACUACAGCAGUUUGGACAUUCACGUUGGCCAAUCUUACUCUGUUCUAGUCAGGGCAAAGAACCUGACGCAUGGCCAUUCCUUCUACAUCUUCGUCAGCUCUCGAUUUACGAAGUACGAGCUCUUGGGGCUCGGCGUGGUGCACUAUCCCGACUCGAGAAUGCCUCCUUCUGGUCCAAUCCCAACUCGGCCUGCACCGUUCGACUUUGGUUUCUCCAUCAAUCAAGCUCGCUCCAUCAAGUGGGAUUUGGAUGUGGGAGCUGCGAGGAUGAACCCACAAGGCUCGUACCACUACGGCGCCAUCAACGUCUCGAGGACGCUCAUCCUCGAGAACGGUCUCGUCGUGGGGAGCAACAACAGGAUCCGCUACACCGUCAACGGCGUGUCCUUCCUGCACCCGGACACGCCGUUGAAGCUAGCCGAUCGAUUCGAAAUGUUCGACGAGCUCAAGAUCGUGGUCCCUUCUUUCCCCGACGCUCCACAGACCGCAGAGACGAUGAAGCUGCAGCGAAUGGGAGCGUCGGUUGUGGAUGUGAAGUGGCGCGACUUCUACCACUUGGUUUUCCAGAACCCUCUCCCUAACGUCCAGACCUGGCACCUCGACGGAUACAACUUUUUCGUUGUUGGAAUGGGGGAAGGGCAGUGGAACGAGAAGGCGAAAUCGACAUACAACAUGAUCGACGCAGUAUCGAGGUCGACGGUCCAGGUGUAUCCUCGGGCGUGGACAGCAGUACUGGUGAUGCUGGACAACAGAGGGAUGUGGAACUUGAGGUCACAGAACGGUGAGAAAUGGUAUCUGGGGCAGGAGCUGUACCUGAGAGUGAAGGGCGUUGGAGCUGAAGAUCCAUUGACGAUUCCAGCAAGAGAUGAAGCUCCGAUCCCUGGGAAUGCCAUCUUGUGCGGGCGAGUCAUGAAUCACACCAACGCUUGGGUUCCAAACUAGAGAAAACGAAAAAAAACAAACGUCUCUCUGUACUGUUUUAAUCAUAAAUUCCAAAGAUGUCACUAUAGGGUAGAAUUACAAGGGUUAGACUCUAUUCUAAUAGCAAUCUCAUAUGAAAG